UCAUUAGACUGGAGGAACAGUCGACAGCUAAUGACCGAGGUGUACGAGGCAGGGCGGGGUCCGAGUUGUCGGGAUCCGAGGGACGAACAGAGGGAUCCGUGUAACUUCUGCUUCACGGAGGCUCCACGGAGGACACUGAAGACCUGAAGCCGCUGACAUGAUGCUGGAGAAAGAGGAGCAGCAGCGGCUGGCGGAAGUUAUCCGUCAAUGGAAUAACAACAGACUGGACCUGUUCGAGAUCAGCCAGCCUGACGAGAACCUCGAGUUCUGCGGCGUGGUGCGCUUCUACCUCGAAGACAGCGCCGCGGCCAGCGCCGCCACAACGUGCCUGCGCGUGAGCAGCCGCGCCACCGCGCGCGAGGUCAUUGACACGCUCGCGGAGAAGUUCAGACCGGACAUGAAGAUGCUGAGCUCGUCCUUCUGCCUGAACGAGGUCCACGCCCCUGAAGAACGCAGACUGGACCUGGAGGAGAAGCCCCUGCUGGUCCAGCUGAACUGGACGUCCGACAACAGAGAGGGCCGCUUCGUCCUCCGGAGGGACGGCCCCGGGAUGGAGGGGUCUGGGGACCACCAGACAAACACUAUCGAAAAGAAGGAAAAAGGAGGAGUGAUCGAAACCUUUAAGAGAACUUUGUCGAAGAAGGAGAAGAAGAAGAAGAAAAACAAAAAAGAAGCGAUUGAGAACGGGUCAACUGAAGGCAACCGGAGCCCCUCCCAGCAGAGCCAGUCAGACCCUGCUGUGGGACUCGGAGAAGGUCAACAACCGAACCAAGUGAAGGAUCAUCUUCAACUACCAGUGGAAAUCCAGUUUUCCCCCGGAUGCGAGGAAGCCUUUAUUUCUGCCGUCAUCAACUACACCAACAGUUCGACGGUGUACUUCAAGCUGUCGCCCGCGUAUGCGCUCUACGCCACGGCCCGCUCGGCCCUGCGGCCCACCGACACAGAGGGCCCCGUCCCCAGGGAGAAGCCCAACACAGUCACCGCCAUCACAGACAGAAUGGUAGCCAUGACGGAGAAGGUCAUCCAGAAGCAGCAUACCAUGGCCGGGGCCCUCUCCUUCUGGUUGGCCAACACCUCAGAGCUGCUGAACUUCCUGCAGCAGGACGGGGCCGUAGGGCCCCUCACCGGGCAGACGCAGCAGCAGCUGUCGCACCUCGUCCACACAGCGUACAAGUAUCUAAUCCAGUGUCUACAGUGUGAACUUCGGAAACACCUGCCAACGUUCUUCUUGGAUCCGGACCAAUACGGCCCGCUGCCGGCAGGCAUCGAGAUGGUCCUGAACACCCUGAUGAACACCAUGGCUCUGCUGAGGCGCUGCCAGGUCAACCCCGCCCUCACCAUCCAGCUCUUCUCCCAGCUCUUCCACUACACCAGUGCCUGGCUCUUCAACCAGCUGAUGGGCCCCCAGGCCGGGCCCCUGGGGCUGCGCUCCCACUACUGGGGCGCGGCCCUCCGGCAGAGGCUCAGCGCCGUGGAGGCCUGGGCGGAGCGGCAGGGCCUGGAGCUGGCGGCGGACUGCCACCUGGGCCACAUCGUGCAGGCAACCAUGCUGCUCACCAUGAACAAGUACUCGGCCCAGGACACGGAGGCGGUCCAGAAGACAUGCUUCAAGCUCAACUCCCUGCAGCUGCACACCCUGCUGACCGGCUACCUGUACGCCCCCGAAGAGCCCCGUAUCCCCCCGGCUUUGAUUGACAGCGUCGUCAUGGCAGCGAAGCGCUCGGCGGACCCCCUGGUGGCCAGCGAGGGGCGGUGCCUGGAGAGGGAGGAGCGUCUGGAGCUCCGCCUCCCCUUCCUGCUCCCUGACGGAGGCUACUCGUGUGACACGGUGGGCGGGAUUCCGCCUGGCUUCACUGAGUUCUUGGAGCCAAUUUGCCGCAAAGGUCUCUGUAAGCUGACUCCCAGAGCCAACUGUCAUGGCAGUUGGAGAGUGUUCUUCAAUGAACCCAACUGCCCAACCACCAGCCUUCUGCCGACGGGGGCUCGGAGAGAACCAGAGGUGGUGGUCAUCACCCUGAGGAAGCCCCUGAACAGCGGGAUGGGCGUGAGCAUCGUGGCCGCCAGGGGUUCGGGCCAGGCUCAAAUCGGCAUUUAUAUCAAAUCCAUCGUCCAGGGGGGCCCCGCUGAAGUGGACGGGACGCUGUCUGUCGGAGACCAGUUGGUCAGCGUGGACGGCCGGAGUCUGGUGGGUCUGAACCAAGAGAGGGCAGCCAUGAUAAUGGUGCAGACGGGGCCCGUUGUGACGCUACACGUGGCUAAACACGCUGCCAGCUGCCACGGUCUGGAGGCCCUGAUCAACCAGCCUGGCUUCGCCCCCAACACAGGUGACCGUGGCCUGGGCACGCCCGGCGGCGGCCCCGCCUGGGUCGGGUGCAGCGUCCCGGGCCCCCGACCGGAGCCGCAGGCCCCCGGGGGGAGCAGGGGCCGACGGCAGCAGAACCUCCAGAGGAACCGGCUCCUGUACCGCUCCAACCCCAACAUGAGCCACUGUGUGCCUGAGGAGGUGGAGGUACCAGAGGAGCCCGUAGACGGAGGACCCACCAUCUCCACCCUCAAUCUCUGCACUGAGACGUUCCACAGGGAGUACCAGACCCUGCCGUCCUCCAGACAUCUGGACCACAGGGCAGCUGACCAAUCACAGCAGCUGCUCAGGAUCUCUCUGGGUCCGUCGGCCAGGAAGCAGAACCCCAACAUGAGGACCUUCAUGCGCCAAGCCCUGUCCCAGGAGAACCUCUGUCUGGACCCGCGGCCAGCGGAACCAUCCCACAACCCCAGCACCUCGCUCCCUCACUGGCCCAGUGCCUCCACACACAGCCUCCUCCAAAAGCCCCCGAACCCCCCCCAGAACCAGAACCAGCCCCAGAACCCCACCCAGUACCACACCCAGCCCCAGGCCGAGAACCCCACCCAGAACCCCUACCAUCCCCAGAACCUCAACCAGCCUGAGAACCCCACCCAGCGCCAGAAUCCUACACAGAGCCCCUCCAGACUCCAGAACCCCCCCCAAAACCCCAUCCAGAACCCCUCAAGACCCCAGAACCCCACCCAAAGCCCCUCCAGACUCCAGAACCCCAACCAGAAUCCCAACCAUCCCCAGAACCCCUCCAGACACCAGUACCCCACCCAAAACCCCACCCAGCCCCAUAUCCCCCCCCAAAGCCCCUCCAGACCCCAUAACCCCACCCAGCCCCAGAACCCAGCCCAAAGCCCCUCCAGACCACAGAACCACACGCAGAACCAGAACCCCACCCAGGCCCAGAACCCAGAACCCCAGGAUGUAAAGAGCAGCGCUGGCGUGUGGAGGACCCCUCCCUCCCGGACCUCCACCCAGCCCACCCGCAUCGACAUCCCCAUAACGAGGCCCGACGCCCCGCCCAGACCGCUCCUCUCCACCUUCCAGCACCACCCUGCCCUGGGCCCCGUCCGGUCGGCCCAGGGUGGCCGCCGCCCCGUCACCUCCUCCCCGCCCUCCUCCACCACCCCCACCUCCUCACCCCGACCAAGGCAGAGCGCCGCCCCCAGCCAACCACAGGGCGCCGCCUCCAGUCCUCAGAGGCCCGCCCCCCCCACCCGGCACGUCUCCUUCCAGGACCCGCCCCCCGGGGCGGAGAGGCCCGCCCCGGGGGGGGAGGGCCUCUCCCCGGACCCCUGGCGCAGGGAGGCGCGGGAGCGGCUGCGGGAGCAGCUGGAGGAGCAGCGGCGGCGGAGGGAGCUGGAGGCGCUGGAGGAGGAGGUGAGGGAGCUGGGCGCCAGGGCGGCCCGCUCCCCGGGGGAUGGCGAGAGGCUGCGCCGGCUCAGCCUGGAGCUGCAGUUCCAGAGGAGGCUGCAGGAGCUGCAGCAGAACGGGGGGGAGGAGGAGGAGGAGGAGGAGGAAGAAGAGGAGUUCAGGGUGAUCCCCCAGCGCACCGAGAACAGACUUGGGGAGAAAAGCCAGGUCAAGGAGCAUCAAACUACCAACCCGGCUGACCCAGAAGGACAGAGGAUGGCUCCAGAUCAAAAAUCGAUUGGAUACGGCCGUGCUUCUCAUGAGGUGGUCCCAAAAAAAAGCCAGGAAGACUCGCUCCAGAGUAUGGCGGCUCCGGAGAAACUUCCCUUUAAGGAACGCCAGCGUCUCUUCUCUCUGGGGUCAGCCUCGUAAACAACAACACCACCAACUGAAAGGCAUCAACGUUCUUCAACGGUCCAUCAACCCAUUAUGAAAACAUAGUGCACACAACAGAAAAUUAUAUAUUAUGUUUAUUGGCUGUUUUAUAGCUUCUGAAAUGCUAAUGUUUGCUUGAUUGUCUCGUUUUAUUAUUAGUUGAAUAUUUUUUUCGAAUUUAAGACUUAAUCUAUAAUAAUUGUAAACAUAAUUUGUAUUGUUUUAUAGACUUAAUGAUUGAAAAGCAAAGUGCUAGAUGAACAAGCAAGCUGCAAACUGCCGUUUACGAUAGCAUGACAUACGAUGUAUGCAGAACAUAAAGUAGAAAACAGAGGUAGAAAUGUCCGUUUAUUCUUGUACCGUUCUUACGUUUGUUUUAAAGAUCGCGCAAAGAAAAUCAAACCAUCUUAUCGUCAGUGCAUAAACAAUCCCUCUGAGACCCUUCAAGCCGUAGACCUCUUCGUCCUACACCUGUUCACCUGCAUACACGACUUCCCCUCCAACGAGGAAAGCCAAGGCACGUUGAGUCAUACUGCACCCUUCACUCACAGAGGUUCAAAGGACAAUCGUCCGUUAUUCAAAAGGAGAAA